UUUCCAUCAGUGUUUCACUGAGGAGAAAGGGACACUGAAGGCAUCAUCGAUGGCCCGUUCACAGGGGCAGCUGACACAUAGGUUUACAGAGCGGUGCUGUGAGAUUGACUGACCCCUCAACACUUCUCUACUGGGGUGUUACAAUAACACAGCCAUGCCUCCCCCAGCUGACAUUGUGAAGGUGGCGAUUGAAUGGCCAGGUGCUAAUGCUCAGCUAAUAGAAAUGGACCAGAAAAGACCUUUGUCCUCUAUAAUAAGAGAAGUAUGUGAUGGCUGGUCUCUGUCAGGCUCAGAGCAGUUUGCUCUGCGUUAUGCUGACGGCCCUCAGCUUUAUAUCACCGAACAGAGCCGCGGCGAAAUAAAGAAUGGGACCAUCCUUCGAUUGGCCAUUUCACCUGGGCGCGCUGCUCGUCAGCUCUUGGAGAGGAUCCAGUCCCACGGCAUCGAUGCUCGCCUCGAGGCUCUGAAAGAGCUCGCCAAGCUUUCUGCAGAUCCAACCUUUGCUACAGAGUUCAUCAACAUGGAAGGCAUUGGGACACUGGCACGUCUUGUCGAAAGUGGCACCCAUUUUGGUGAAAUGCUGGCCUUCACUCUCACUGCUUUUCUGGAGCUAAUGGAUCACGGCAUUGUGUCCUGGGACCUUAUCUCACUUUCUUUCAUCAAACAGAUCGCAGGUUAUGUGAACCAGCCAAUGGUGGAUGUGUCCAUUCUGCAGCGAUCUCUGGCCAUCCUGGAGAGCAUGGUCCUGAACAGCCACAGCCUCUACCAUCGAGUGGCCCAGGAAAUCACCGUGGGACAGCUCAUCGGGCACCUGCAAGUGUCAAACCAGGAGAUCCAGACUUACGCCAUCGCCCUCAUCAAUGCCCUUUUCCUGAAGGCACCAGAAGACCGAAGACAGGAGGAGUAUACUAACCCGCUGGAGCAGCACCUCACUGAAAUGGCAAGCACUUUGGCCCAGAAGCACUUACGAUCCAUCAUCCUCAAUCACGUCAUACGAGGAAAUCGACCAAUUAAAGCUGAGAUGGCGCAUCAGCUGUACGUGCUGCAGGUGUUGACCUUCAACCUUUUAGAAGAACGGAUGAUGACCAAAAUGGAUCCUAAUGACCAGGCGCAGAGAGAUAUCAUUUUUGAGCUGCGUAGGAUCGCCUUUGAUGGAGAAAAUGACCCCACUGGUACAGAGAAGAGAAAGGCAAUGUACACCAAGGACUACAAGAUGCUGGGCUUCACUAACCACGUCAACCCGGCCAUGGAUUUCACCCAGACACCUCCAGGGAUGCUGGCUCUGGACAACAUGCUGUACCUGGCCAAAGUUCACCAGGACACAUACAUCAGGAUUGUACUGGAGAACAGUAGCCGAGAGGACAAGCAUGAAUGUCCCUUUGGCCGGUGUGCCAUUGAACUCACCAGAAUGUUGUGUGAGAUACUUCAGGUUGGGGAGCUACCUAACGAGGGAUGCAACGACUACCACCCCAUGUUCUUUACUCAUGAUCGGGCAUGGGAGGAGUUCUUCUGUGUCUGCAUUCAGCUGCUUAACAAAACUUGGAAGGAGAUGAGGGCUACAGCUGAAGACUUUAACAAGGUGAUGCAGGUGGUGCGUGAGCAGAUCACCAGGGCUCUGGCGAUGAAGCCGGCGUCUUUGGACCAGCUGAAGAACAAACUGAGAGGCCUCAGCUACUCAGAGGUCCUGCGUCUGCGGCAGUCAGAGAGAAUGAGUCAGGAUGACUUCCAGUCGCCACCAAUCAUUGAGCUGCGGGAGAGAAUUCAGCCCGAGAUCCUGGAGCUCAUCAAGCAGCAGCGACUCAACCGGCUGUGUGAGGGAAGCUGCUUUCGUAAGCUAGGGAACCGCCGAAGGCAAGAGAAGUUCUGGUUCUGCAGACUCUCUCUGAAUCACAAAGUGCUGCACUACGGGGACCUGGAUGAGUCUCCUCAGGGUGAAGUGCCUUUUGAACUCCUUAGUGACAAGAUCCCUGUGUCAGACAUCAAGUCAGUGGUAACUGGGAAGGACUGUCCUCAUAUGAAGGAAAAAAGUGCUCUCAAACAAAACAAGGAGGUGCUGGAGUUGGCCUUCUCCGUCCUCUAUGAUCCUGAUGAGACGCUCAAUUUUGUUGCACCCAACAAGUACGAGUACUGCAUCUGGACUGACGGCCUGUGCGCACUGCUGGGCAGAGAGAUGGGCAGCGACCUCACCCGCAGUGACCUAGAUACCCUCAUCAGCAUGGAGAUGAAGCUCCGCCUCCUCGACCUUGAGAACAUCACAAUCCCCGAAGCCCCUCCCCCCGUUCCGAAAGAGCCUAGCUCGUAUAACUUCACCUACAACUACAGCUGAGAUGUAUGUAUGUGCGGGCGUGUGUUUCUGUGAGAGAGAGAGAGAGUUUGCACUGCAUGUGUUCGUCAAGGACGAGUCAACUCGAUCUCUUUGAUGAAUUUAGCUGUUACUGUGUGUACCAGAAAAAGCUGCUUUGAAUUGUACUCCUACUUCUCUACAUCACCAUGUUCUUGGUACUUCACGGUUCAUCCAUUAUCAGACACGUGUUACAGAGGGCGGGCACAAGCCAGCGUCCUUGAGCUGGGUCUCCAGGUACUAACUUCAUUUUUAUUCUGCAUCCUUUACUUUUGUAGUGUUAAAGACUGAAACAACAUAACUUGGUGGUGAACAUACUGCAAAAUCUUCAGAUUAGACAUUGUAUACCUUAGGGAUGCACAAUAUUGGAGUUUUUGCCGAUAUAUCGGGAGUGCUUGGGCCGAUAACCAAUAUCAAUGUAUACGUCUUUCCUUUUGCCCAACUGCAGAGGUCAUUUAGUGUCUUCUGUAGUGAACUUAACGUAAUACUUUUCAUCCAUAUGUCGCAGCAGAUGUGGAUCUAAAGUAUCUUUACUGUGCAAAAUAAAUGAGCUGUAGGAUGCAGUAGCACAAAAGUAAAGGAGGUAACAGCUUUUUCAGCCCACUAUUUUAGUCGUUUUGUCGGAUCUUUGACACAUUUUAAAGCUGCCGAUACUGAUAUUGUGCCAAUAAUAUUGUGCAUCCCUAGUUUACCUAUAUACAGUAUUUGGUCAAAUGUAGGCUUACAGCAGAACUUUGCAAGUCUGGUCGCUUUUUUGCCUUUUUCUCUACGGAGCUCCCCCUACAGUUUCGGAGUACAUGUUUUUACAGCACCAAUGUAAACAUCCAUCCACUGUGCACCGCUUUAUCCUCACUGUGAUAAAAACCACUGCUGACGCUCCCCCCUCCCCUCCCCUUCCGUCUCCUGGCCACGUGCAUUGGUUUUCAACAGAGCCGGCGAAAACAAGCCAUAGAGCCAUGUCCAUGUUGGUUGGCAUCCGUUUUGUAAGCUUCUUUGUUUAUCAAUUCUCUCCAAUCAGAAAAAGCCGGUCCGAUGUUUACUCGUGUGUGGCCCCUCGCUCGGUCAGACAAUCGUUUCCUCUUCAUCGCGUCCUCAGACGAUACUUUUUUUCUGCUUCUUUUCGCCAGCGAUGCCAUGAUGAACGUCCAACAGUGGUCAGCAAUUGGUGGCCCGUGGACCAAAACUGGCCCGCCAGCAUCAGUAUCUGGCCCGGUAGAUGAUUUAACAAAUGUGAUCUUAAAUUAUUUGCUUAUCUUCACAAAAAUUUCAGAGCUUUUAUUCUAAAGAAAUAUGAACUGAUUCAAAUAGAUUAUGUUGCUUAAGUUGAGAGUAUACUAAAUAUUGGGUUUGAAAAAUAAAAAUAAAAACACUGCUGUUGUCAUGGAGACAGCCAGGUUUAUGGAGUAAAUGUCCGUAAAAUAACUUCUUGCAUAUGUCAGUCUCAAAGAAGAAGCAGUAAUUCUUAAAAUUUAAAUGAUGCACAAUAAAUAUUAAGAGUAUGGCUAGUUUUCUUGCUAACAGACAGUAGGGGGAGUGGAGACAGUUUAGUUUUUGGUAACACAAAAUGUGGUAGCUACUGUUCCAGUUUAAACAUUUGUCCACACACGUGAAGGAAGUACAGUGAAAUGUCACUUGGAUGAAAUGAGUUCACAAUUCAGAGUUAAUACACAAUUGCUCAUCAUAAAGGGCAUUAAACAUGUUUCCAGUGAAGAUGUGUUUAUGACAAAGGCAACUUUGCGCAUACAGUAAUAUAACAAUUCUGACUAUUUUUAUUAUAAUAUAUGACAUAACAUAUUUGAGACAUUAAUCACAACUUCAUUUUAUAACCAUAAAUCUUAAGGACAAAUCUAGUAAGAAUUCUCAUGUGACCAAGUCUGUGGGAAUGACUUGUGUUUGUGUUAGUCUAUGAACUAGAUUUGAUAUUUCAGUGUCGACACAGCAAUAAAAUUAAAGCCAGCUAUGUAAGACCUUUGACUAACACCAGUGGGUGAGGUGGGAAGUAAUAAGUGCCAGUACUCUCCUUAUCCAUAACAAUUAUUAACAUUUUCAGUAAAUAAAAGAUACCAGAUACAUUUCCAACAAUAAUUUAAGCGUCAAGCACACACUGUUAUUAUGCUGUUCCUCCAAGAAGUCAAUGAAUAUAACGAAGUAUUAGUGAACAGUCUUAAACACUUCCAGUUGAUGUUGUUCUUGUUUAACAAUAAAAAUAAAAACUCAAGACCCAAGAAAGACUCUCACCAGAAGAGUCAUGUAGUGCACCCUGGGAAAUAAUAAUGAAUUGGACAGAUAACUAAAAAUAGACAGUACCGACCCACUUCAAGCAGUGACUAACACAGUGUGAGUUUAUGUGUCGCUGGCACUGGUUGGAUUUACUUUUUCAAGCUGGCAUCAGCUGAAGUUGGGGAUUUUAACAUUUAGAUACACAGAUACAUUAAUUAAAAUGAAUUAAUGACGGCAAUUUAAUUAUCUUCAUCAGUGAGGUGACACACUCUCUGAUGCUCCUUAGCACAGAGAUGGUUCCAAAGGUGAAGGAGACUGGAAAAAAAGAGUUGAAGGUUUUGUUGUAUAAUUUACAUUUACAAUUUGUCACACAUGGGCAGAGAUGAGCAGCUAAUAUACUGUAUGGAUGUAGAUUUCUAUUAUUUCCUAUAGAUGUUCAGAUUGGCUUAUACCAUUGUGUAGAAAUACCAUAAUAAGCCUCUGUUUACUCAUUCAUGCUGCUUCUCUUCUUAAUGUAUGUGUGUGUGUGUGUGUGUGUGUGUGUGUGUGUGUGUGUUGCUUAUGUUGAUAGAUAUGAGCAGUAACAUGUAAUAUUUUAUGAACGGUGCCAUAGAUGUGACAUUUAACACGUCAAAGAAAAAGAACCAUGUGAUUAUUUUUUCUUUCUUUUUAAAAACAAACAAACAACAAAACAAAAAACAAUUCUUCAUCGUCACUGCAUCGCUUUAUCCGCUACACAUUCGCUGGAUAUAUUUGCAUUAAUCAUGAGCAGUAUAUGAAUGGUUUACAGUAUAACACAGUAAGAUAAUUAGUAUAUAUCAUGUAUUUACUGUAUAUAUACAUAUAUGUAUGUGUAUAUAUGUAUAAAUAUAUAUACAUAUAUACACAGUGUAUAUAUAUAUAUAUAUAUAUAUAAUAAGAAGAAUGUUUAACAUUAACUAAUGAUUUACUUUUUUUGAAACAUAUUUAUAGAUUAUUUUAGAUUAUGUAUAGUAUAAAUAGAUAAUAAAACGGUAUAUUUCAACAUUAGACACGCACACACCCACACACACACACACAAUAUCCAUACCCUAUCCUUUAUCUUAUUUAAUCAGAUCUUAAUUAUCCCUAUCAAUACCUAUCCCUAACCUUAACCCAACCACAAUUUAAAUCUUAGCACCAGGCGUAACCAGUUCCUCAGAAAUGAGGUUCUGCCUCAUUAGGACCAGGUUUUGGACUACUGGUCCUGAUAAAGUCAGUGUUUAUUCCAGAAAAUGUAUCUUAAAGAGGUAACAAUUACAAGUACACACAAAUAUACCGGUUUCUGUGAUACAAAGUGUGAAUAAAGAUUAUUAUAUAAAGAUUCCACAACAUUAUACUGUGAUAUCAAGCAUUCAUGUACUGUUCCAUUUACAGUAGAUAUCUGCUACAACAACAUAUAUAUAUAUAUAUAUAUAUAUAUAUUAUAGUGCAUUGCAAACCAUUUAUUAAUCGUUCAUAUACUGGUUCAUAUCAUAUUUUGAGCGAGUCAGUUUAUGGUGCAGUGAUUUCUUUUUUAUUUAAAACAAAGUUACUUAACGUCAAUUUUUCAGUUUUAUUUUGCUGUGCAUGAGCAGAACAGAAUUCAAAAGGAGAGAAAAAAAACGUCUCUUUUGGGCUUUUUUUUUUUGGUAAACAUGCCACGAGCACAGUCCUACAGUAAGUGUCAUCUUUGGGAACCAGGAAUAUUUAGUAUGGCUUUCAUGUGCUUUAUAAACAGUGGUCUAACUUCAGUUCAGUUGUUCUCUUUUUUUUUUAUUAUUAUCAUUAUUAUUAUUAUUAUUAUUCCCAUCACACUGUUCUUGGUAUUAAACUUUUCUGUGUAUUUUAUUAAUGUGACUCAACGUCCCGUCGACUUGUAAUGUGGUACUAAACACUGCUGUCAUUUUAAAAUGCAGAAUUAUAGAAUUAUAUUUUUGUAAAUGAUUGUACAAUCUGAUCCGCUGUUAGAAGACUGAAUGUGCCUCUGUGCACCGGUCUGUGUGCUGCUGUACACUCAGCAUGCUCGGUACUGUGGACGGACAUAUUUCACUGGAGUGUCGGUUAUAUUUUCCAACCACAAGCACCUCAUGUCAUUUUGGGAUGACGCUCACUCCAGCACCUAAUGAUGAUGUCAGUGUUAAUGAUCAUAGAAAAAAAUAAACAAAUACUGCGAUUGCUGUUUAUGUAAAGGAAUAUAUUUGGUUUGUUUUUUAUCACAUUUGCUUUACUUGAUCUUAAAACUGUUUCUUUAUAUUCCAGUCGGUCACUGAACUUUUAAAUGGGUCCGAAAAUGAAAGUCAAGAACCACAAAAUGAAGCAACGUGUAGUGUAAAGGGUUGUUUUGUUGCAUCGGUAACGUUCACAGUAUGACUUGAAGUUUUUUCGCCUCUCGUACUCUUUUACAUGACUUGCUAAACUAUUUAUUUACACUUGCUAGUGACAGUGAAGAAUGAUGUGUUGUUAAUUGAGAAAUAACGACAUGACGUGUGGUAUACAUAAAGAUAAUUGUAUGUAUAUACAGUAUUGUGUUGCCUUAUUGAAAGAGAUGUAUUAUGUUUUGUGUGAAUAAAUACAAACUCUAA